AUGGCGACUUAUAAGCUUCCAGAUCUACAAGCUAGUCAAACAUCAUCCAGUAGUAUAUAUCUUUAUGACAAUGGAGAAUCUACAACCGAUAUGAUUAUAGUUGGUUGGCAAGUUUCACCAGUCCUUUACGAAACCAAUUAUCCUCGAUUUUUUACUUACUGGACCAAUAAUGGAAAUAUUAAGGGAUGUGUGAAUUUGGAAUGUGCUGGUUUUGUUAGCACUACUAAUAUUUAUGGACCUGGAAGUUUUAUUCCUCAAUUUUCUACUUAUGGCGGUGAACAAAAAUAUAUAUCGAUAUUAAUCGCCAGGGAUUCUAUAACAGGGAAUUGGUGGAUUACAUAUAAUGAUGAGUUACCUCUUGGAUAUUUUCCUAAGGAAUUGCUUUCAAAGAUGAAUGAUUAUGCCAACUUGGUUCAAAUGGGCGGGCAAGUUAAGUCUCUCUCGAAUGUGCCAAGCCCUCCAAUGGGUAGUGGUCAUCCAAGUAAUGAAGGACCUAAUAAAGCUGCUUAUUUCAUUGAUAUUCAGUUUGUUGAUCAGUCGAAUAACUGGUUUGUUUUGAAUCCUAAGUCUAUUUUUGCUAGUGUUGAUAUCGCUGGCAAUCUCCAUGGAGUGAUACAGACACCAUAUGCCCGUUUCUUUUUUGUGACAAUAACUGGAGAUCUAUUCGAUUGUGUUGAUAUGUAUAAGCAACCAGCAUUUGAUCACCCUUUGUUGGAAAAUCACACCCUUCAGGUAAAACCAAGUAGUCUUCCAAAAGGAGUGAAGCUUGCAAAAUCUAAACCAGCAUCAUUUUAUGGAUUCAAUGAUACUUGUCCUUCUGGCACUGUGCUUUACGCAAUAAUUGGAACUCCACCUGCUCAAUUUUAUGGAGUAUAUGCAAAAAUGGCGACUUAUAAGCUUCCAGAUCUACAAGCUGGUCAAACAUCAACCAGUAGUAUAUAUCUUUUUGGUGAUGCAAAAUCUCCCACCAAUAUGAUCAUGGCCGGUUGGCAAGUUUCACCGGUCAUUUAUGAAACUAGUUAUCCUCGAUUUUUUACUUAUUGGACGAGUGAUUAUAGUGAUAAAACGGGAUGUUUCAAUUUGCAAUGCGCUGGUUUUGUUAGCACUACUAAUAUUUAUGGACCUGGAAGUUUUAUUCCUCAAUUUUCUACUUAUGACGGUGAACAGAAAUAUCUAUCGAUACUAAUUACUAGGGAUUCUAAAACAGGAAAUUGGUGGAUUACAUAUAAUGAUGAGCUACCUCUUGGAUAUUUUCCCAAGGAAUUGCUUCCAAAGAUGAAUGAUUAUGCCGACAUAGUUCAAAUGGGUGGGCAAGUUAAGACUCCCGUGAAUGUGCCAAGUCCUCCAAUGGGCAGUGGUCAUCCAAGUAAUGAAGGACCUAAUAGAGCUGCUUAUUUCAUUGAAAUUCAAUUUCUUGACCAGUCGAAUAACUGGUUUGUUUUGAAUCCUAAGUCAAUUGUGCUUGGGGCUGAUAUUAGUAAUUAUUAUAAUAUAUCGGAUAAUCAUUAUGUAGAUGAUAAAUAUGUUUUUGCUUACGGAGGAGCUGGGGGUUUCAAAUAA